CACGAUGGAUAAAAUACAUUACUUUUUAUGUAAUAUGUACAUAGGAUGGUUGAUUCUUGAUUAGCAAAAAUCCUCUUUCUCAUCUUCCUCUUUCACUUUUGCAGAAAUGAUCGUCGUUGACUUUCAAAACUGCUUCAUUUUUAUCCUCCUAUGCGUCUUCUCACUACUCUGUUACUCUCUUUUCUUCAGGAAACCAAAGGACCCUCGACUUGACUUUGAUUUACCUCCGACCCCUCCGUCUCUUCCGGUCAUCGGUCAUCUUCACCUUCUUCUCUCUGUUCUAGUCCACAGAUCUUUACAGAAACUUUCCACCAAGUACGGAUCUAUUCUCUGUCUCCGGGUCUUCAGUUUCCCUGUAGCCCUAGUCUCCUCAGCCUCGAUUGCUUAUGAGAUCUUCAGGACACACGACGUGAACAUCUCGUCUCGUGGCUUUCCUCCGACUGAUGAUUCCUUUUUCGCCGGAUCUUUCAGCUUCAUCUCUGCUCCCUAUGGAGAUUACUGGAAGUUCAUGAAGAAGCUUCUGGUUACGCACUUGCUUGGACCCCAGGCACUAGAGCGGUCACGAGGAGUCCGUGCAGAGGAGCUAGAUCGGUUUUACAAGAACCUGUUUGAUAAGGCCAUGAAGAAGGAGAGCGUGGAUAUCUGUGCGGAAGCGUUGAAGCUCAGUAACAACAGCAUUUGCAAGAUGAUUAUGGGGAGGAGCUGUUCAGAGGAGAAUGGUGAGGCUGAGAAAGUUAGGGCUUUGGCUACCGAGUUAGAUGCUUUGACAAAGAAGAUUUUGUUGGCAAACAUGUUGCGCUCGGGGAUUAGAAAGCUUGUUUUAACACUGUUUAGAAGGGAAAUGAUGGAUGUUUCCUGCAGAUUUGAUGAGCUGCUCGAAAGGAUCCUUGUGGAACACGAAGAGAAACUAGACAUGCAUCAACAAGGUACGGACUUGCUGGACGUAUUAUUGGCAGCUUAUCGGGAUGAAAAUGCCGAGCAUAAGAUCUCUAGGAACCAUAUCAAGUCGUUUUUCGCGGAUCUCUUAUUUGCAAGCACUGACACCUUGGUGCAAACAACACAGUGGGCAAUGGCGGAGCUCAUUAACAAUCCUAAUGUUCUUGAGAGAUUAAGAGGAGAAAUUGAUUCUGUGGUAGGAAAAAUAAGGUUGGUUCAAGAAACUGAUUUACCAAACCUCCCUUAUUUGCAAGCGGUGGUCAAGGAAGUGCUAAGACUACACCCGCCGGGGCCUGUCUUUGGAAGAUUCUCCCAAGAAGGGUGUAGAGUCGGAGGGUUUUAUGUACCGGAGAAAACAACCUUUAUGGUUAAUGCUUAUGCUGUGAUGAGAGAUCCUGAUUCUUGGGAAGAUCCUGAUGAGUUUAAACCAGAGAGGUUUCUAGCUUCUCCAAGAUCAGAUCAGGAGAAGGAGAGAAGAGAGCAAGCAAUUAAAUACAUUACUUUCGGAAGCGGAAGAAGAAGCUGUCCUGGAGAAAAUCUAGCUUAUUUCUUUAUUGGAACUGCAAUUGGAGUGAUGGUGCAGGGAUUUGAGUGGAGAAUCAAAGAAGAGAAAAUUAACAUGGAAGAAGCUGUUGUAGGACUGAGCUUGACCAUGGCUCAUCCUCUUAAGAUCACUCCUGUUUCUAGAACCCUAAGAUUAUUAACAUAGAAUCUGCAGAAUAGGAGUUCAUGAAUCUUUGGUUUUGAGCGAGGAAAAGGAAGAGAGUCUUGCAUCUCUGCGUGAAAGCAUUCAAAAGACUGUGUCAGGUCACGAAGACGAGAAAGAGCAAGCACUUAAGUACCUUCCUUUUGGCGUCGGAAGGAGAGGAUGUCCUGGAAUAAAUCUAGCAUCUAUAUUUGUUGGAACAACAAUAGGAUUGAUGGUGCAGUGCUUUGACUAGAAAAUUAAAGGAGAUAAAGUGAACAUGGAAGAGACUUAUGAAGGAAUGAACCUUACCAUGGUUUAUCCGCUUAAGUGCACUCCAGUUCUUAGAACCGAACCUUUUUCUUUUACUUGUAAUCUCCAGAGUCCAGAUUCCUAAUUCCUGACACUCAGCUUGGGAACAUGUAAGAAGUUUGUUUUCUUCUAUUGCAUACAUAUAUUCUUCAAAGACAGUCGAUUACAUUCUUAAAUGUGUUUUUUCCCCUUUGUUCAUCAAAAUUAUGAACCUUUGUUCUUUA